AUGGUACUUGUUCUCAUCUAUGUGGAUGAUAUGUUGAUCACUGGAAGUAGUCUACUUCUAAUUGAAGUAACAAAGGAUCAGUUGAAUCAAACUUUCAAAAUGAAAGACUUGGGAGAGUUAAUGUACUUCUUAGGUAUUGAGUUUGCCAAAUCAAAGCAAGAUUGGGCUUUUUGCCCUCUAACAAGAAGAUCAAUAACUGGUUACUUUGUGCAGUAUGGAGGGUCUCUAGUUUCAUGGAAGUUAAAGAAACAAACAACUGUUUCUAGAAGUUAA